AAUCUCGAUCACAUAAGAAGAAAUUAGAAGCAGAAAAUAUCGUGCAGGAUGUAUUUGAUUUUACCAUGGAUGGGUCCGAGAAAAAACAGCCGGAAGGCGCUUCGCACAUAACGGGAAUUUUGCUUACAGGCC